ACGGAGCCAAGAGCGGGAUGCUGGGAGGCGGCGGCGACGGCGGCCAUGUUGCCGUAUCCCGAGAGAAGAGAGAACGAUCCGAGAGAGCACCGUGAGGCUGCUUCGUUUGUUGCUUGCAGCGGCUGCCUAAACUUUGGGUGGUUUAAUUCUACCUGUUGGGCCGCACAGUUCGGGGUGUAGUGCAUCCGUUUCCACCCUCGACGAGUUCGCCUCCUCGCCACGCAGAGGGUUCCACCGUUUUCCCAGAGCGAAAGAAAAACGAAAAAAAAAAAAGAAAACGAGAAGCGUCGAGUUCACGUCGCGAGGCUUCGACACACACGACGUCGGUCGAUCUGUCGCGCGCGGAGGUAUCGUACGCUCGCGUUCGCGAUUCCACGGCGACGAUGUCGUCCUGCUGUCUGUACAAGCCACCGUCGCGUUCAUCGUCGUCGUCGUCGUCGUCGUCGUCGUCGUUGUUGUCGCUGUCGUUGUCGUUGUCGUUGUCGUUGUCGUUGACGUUGUCGUCGUGGUCGUCGGCGUUGACGUCGUUGCUGUUGUUGUCGGUAGAGCGGCGGUCUGCGCGAGCGUGCGCGUGUGCCUGAAGCCGGUGUACAAGUGUGAAUCGUGAACAGACGAUCCGGUUUGGAAAAACCGUAUACGGUCCGGAUCCUCGUGGCUCGUCGAAGAGGGGUGUGGAAGGCGCGAAAGGAACGAUACCAGCGCUUGGCGACUGGCUGAGGCGGAACGCGUCGCGGAAUGGACCAGAAACAGAGGAUAAUGAGGUGCGCGGAGUGAAUUUUGUGAGUUUCACGGUGUCUCCUAUUGUCUCCUUUCUUCUUUUCCCCCCGCGCCACUCCGCGUCACGCCAAGUGUGUCUGUCUCGCCUAGUGUGUCCAGUUUCGAGUCUCGAUCGGCGAGUCAACCAUUUCGCGAGAGGACGGAGACAGCGAAGAGAAGAACCGAACCGUUGUAAAAACCACCGAAAAACCGUGCGUACGUGUCCGUGGGAGAGGAACUGAGAAAACUGACGAAGGAUUGACCUGCGACAGUGGAGAAGAGGGUGGGGAGAGAACUUUUCCGCGAGGAAAGCUCGUGGAAAACUCGCGGAUGGAAACGGAUCGAUCCAUCGGGAAGAUGGUGACACUGUCAUCCGUGGAGAUGUGAUCCGGAACACAGGAGGGACGCUUAGUAGUUUGUAGUUGGUCCUCCCCCCUCGGCCACCCCACCAGCACCCCCUCGACCUACCACCUACCGUCACAUUCUCUACCACCUUCUUCUACUGCUCUCCACGUACGUACACAAGUCUACGGGCGCGCGCGCACUCGACCGUCCAACCACCUGGUUUUCAGCCACCGGAUCGGAUUCUAAUCACCAUCGGAUCGAUCGGUCCGCCAUCGAUCCAUCUUCGAAAGAUAUCGGCCUGUACCCUCGAAUGCACACCGAAACACUUCCUCCCUUGCGAUCCAGCGAGAUCCACGAUUGCAGACGCACCCUUCGGACACGUUUCUCUUUGCACGCGAACCCCGACAACGUCCUCGCUGGCUGCUCCUCUUCUAUUGUUCAAUCAAGUGCCAUACAACGCUCAGCAGAAGACUGUGAUACGCAAUCCCUCAACUCUUGAUGCCAGGAACCCGUACGUUCGCGUACAGCUAGCAGACGAUUGUCAGUCGACCGCCGCGGAGAAGAUCGAAGCAGAAGCGAAGGUGGGAAGCUUUGGAGGGUAAGAAGAACGCCACGAUUAGACGAACUGGAAAGAGAAGUGGAAGACUGCGCGGGAGAAUGUCAACUUGCACCGACGAGGCCGACAACGCACCCCUGCACAUGCAGGAGGCUCUAUCCCCGGUGCAGGAGGGGCCAGUGUCCCCGGCGUCCUCCUCGCUGAGCAAUCAGAAUCAAAACGAGAGCGAGCAACAGGUGCUGCUGGCCACGAUGCAGCCGGUGAACGUGCUAGACCUCCACGAGCCGGCGACCGUACACUCUCUCCACCCCAAGUACCAUCAUCACCAUCAUCGUCAUCAUCACCAUCACCACCACCAUCAUCAUCAACAGCACAUCCAACCAGACCCGGACGAGGUGCAGCAACGUGCCGCGGACGACGCUGACGGGCGAGUGACGCCCGGCGCUGAUCCAGCGGCCGCCAACGCGACGCUUGGCGUCGGCGAGCACAAGAUGAUCGAUCUGAUCUACAACGACGGCCAGAAAACCGUCAUGUACACGCACGACAAGGAGAUCAUCUACGAGAACGAGGCGGACCGCGUUCAGGUGGUCGAGUAUCCGCCUCCGCCGCCGUCGCCACCCUCACCGUCGCCACCCUCCGCGGUCACGAGAGCUGGACUCUUACCACCGGCCUGUGUGACGCCCAGGUCUGGCUCAGCCACCACCGCCUUACACCUCCAUCAUUAUCCUCAGCUGCAGUUGCAACACGAGGACGAUCUUCCACCGAGCGUACGCCACGCUGUGAACGCCACGGUGCCAAAUUGCGGGGCGGCCACCACCACCACCACCGUCUUGGUUCUGUCCGAGUUGGUCGCCGCUGACCCCGCGGCCGGGGCUGCCGCCGCUCAACAACUCACUCUCACCGCUGCUGCCGCUGCUUCCCUCCGCGCCGGACGACGAAGUCGCGGCGAGGAGGACACGAGCGGAGGCGUGGACGAGAAUUCCCAGCAGCAGCAGCCGAGCUACGUGGCUGCGGGGCAGCGGGAGGCAGAGGAAGAGGAAGAGCUGGGGGCGGAGGAGGCGGCGGCGCAGGCGGCGCAGUCCCUGCAGAGCGGCGCCGAGGGCGCCGAUCCCGAGGUACACAAGAGGGUUGCUGCGGUGCAGGUGCAGGUGCAGGGUAUGGAGGGCGACUGGCGGACCUACUGCGAGCAUCCGCUCUCGGUAGCGACCGCGGCGAUGCUCAAUCUCCAGCAGCAGCACCAGGUCUCGGCCGUCGCUAGCCACAGCGACGAUCCGGCUGCCUCUUAUGUCUACGAGUACUACAAGCUGCCAGAGAAGAGCACCGCUGACGUCAAACUGCCGCCCACUCAUGAACUUUGGUCCACGGGUGUGAUGGGCCAGAAGCUGCUGGUGCAGGAGGCGCCUGGCUCCGGUUCCGGUUCGACGAAUCGCAUGGAAGGUGGCGAAGGCGCUGGAGGAGGGGAACUACACCACUUCCUUCAUCAGUACAAUCAGCAGUCGCACAGUCCUGGCCAGAGCCUACAGGGUGGCCUUCCGCUUCCGCUCAGCCCGCAGUCCCUCAGACACGACGGUUCCUCGAGCACCGGCAUCACCGGAGUCAAGAGGGAACCGGAGGACUUGAGCUCGUCGAGAGGGGCGCAACAAUCCAGCAAGAGGCACAAACAGGCGCAACCGGACAGCCCCACGCCACCGGGGAUGUACCAUCAUCAUCAGCAUCAGCUACAGGUACAACAGUACGGCAGCCCCUACGAUCCCUACAGCUCGUGCAGUCCACGAUUGCAGUCGGCGGCGUACACGUCGACCUCGGCGACGGGCGCGGCGAAUGCUGGGAACCCGAGCGGAUUGCACCAGGAGGCGACAGCGGUCUACGUAACCGGCGACGCUCUACCACCGUUGGCGUCCUCGAGUUCGUCCUCGUUGUCCACCACGACCGCUUCGUACACGAGGUACGAGGUUGUGCCAAGCUCUUACACGACGACACACGCGAUACGCUCGUCCUCGAGCAGCAGCAAAGUCCUGACCGUUGAUCUUCCCAGCCCUGACUCCGGCAUCGGCGCGGACGCGGUCACGCCCAGGCAAGAUCAUCAUCCACCCACGGCGCUCCAUCAGUCCUCCUUCGACUACACGGAAUUAUGUCCCGGUGGAACGGCCGCUGGAGCCGCCGUUGUCCUCGAAAGUGGCGCAGUGAUACACCAUCAACCGUUGCAGCUGCAGCUGCAGCAAAGCCACGCUCAAGCGCAAGUGCAACGCGGUGCUUUGGUUUCCUCGGCGGCGACCAACCCGAACCCUAACCCGAAUCCUCCGAGGUCGCGACCUUGGCACGAUUUCGGCAGGCAGAACGACGCGGACAAAAUCCAGAUACCAAAAAUAUUCUCUGCCUAUGGGUUCAAGUAUCAUUUGGAGUCGCCAAUUAGCACGUCGCAGCGUCGCGAGGACGACAGAAUCACGUAUAUCAACAAGGGACAAUUCUAUGGGAUCACGCUGGAUUACGUCCCUGAUCCGGACAAGCCAACUCUAAAGGCUGGACAGACUGUUAAGAGCGUGGUAAUGUUGAUGUUCCGAGAAGAGAAGAGCCCAGAAGACGAGAUUAAGGCGUGGCAGUUCUGGCACGGAAGGCAACAUUCUGUCAAGCAACGUAUUCUCGAUGCUGACACGAAGAACAGCGUGGGACUGGUAGGCUGCAUAGAGGAAGUUGCACACAAUGCGAUCGCCGUUUAUUGGAACCCACUCGAAUCCUCGGCUAAGAUAAACGUGGCGGUGCAGUGUCUCAGUACCGAUUUCUCCAGUCAAAAAGGCGUGAAAGGUUUGCCUCUGCACAUCCAGGUGGACACGUACGAGGAACCGCCACCGCACACCCACACAUACACACCACCUUCGCAUCGUGGCUAUUGCCAGAUCAAAGUGUUCUGCGAUAAGGGAGCUGAAAGAAAGACUCGGGACGAAGAGAGGAGAGCAGCAAAGAGAAAGAUGACGGCUACCGGUAGAAAAAAGCUCGACGAGCUCUACCAUUCCGUCACGGAACGCAGCGAAUUCUAUUCCAUGGUCGAUCUUCAUAAACCUCCCGUCCUCUUCUCACCACCGGCGGAGCACACCAUAGACAAGUUCUCGACGAUGGAGUUGUCGGGCUUCUACGGAGGUGGCGGCGGGGGCGGUGGCGAUACAGACACAUCGUCCCUAAGUAAUGGCGAGGGCGGAGGAUUGAAGGCGGGGGGCAGCAGCCCUUAUCCUGCCUGCGGCAGACCCAGCUUGCCAGCCCUCAAGUUCCACAACCACUUUCCGCCCGACAAUUUGACUAGCCUGCACGACAAGAAGGACUCCUUGCUGAUGCAGGUGCAGGAACUCCAAGGCUCGGUGCUGCAGGGAGUGCAGCAAGCAGGUCUCACCGGGACAGUGGUAUCCGGAGUCGGGAACAGAUUACAUCUGCAACAACAGCCACCCCAUUUACGUCCGGCAGACGCCGAGGAACGGGUGAUGCUCUACGUUCGCCAGGAAUCCGAGGACGUAUACACACCGUUGCACGUCACACCGCCAACCAUUCAGGGACUGUUGAACGCUAUUGAGUCAAAGUACAAAAUUGCAUCCUCGAGUAUUAAUAACCUCUAUCGCAAAAACACAAAGGGAAUUACAGCGAAAAUUGACGACGACAUGAUCCGAUAUUACGUGGACGAGGACCUGUUCCUUCUAGAGGUAACCCACUCCAGAGUAAACCCAGACCCGAGCAACGAGCGUAAUCCAGCCAAUCCUGGAUCGCCAGGUGAUCCUGGUGAUCCAGGAGAUCCACCUGCCACAGCGGGAUACGACGUCACUUUGAUCGAACUACCCUCGUCGCCGGCUCAUAUAGCUCAUUCACCACUUACGAAUUCCGCGCACGGCCACACGCACGUUCACGAAACCGGCAACACGUGAACCGUCCGUGUCGCGAGAAAAAACGAAGAAAUAAUAAAACGAAACAAAUACAAUUACCGUACGUGGCUCUCACCGUUUUGUAUAAAUAAGCCUGAGAGGGACAAAAGCAGCCGUUGAUAGUCGCGAGGAAUCAGCGACACGGUGCAAUGUGAAAGAAUAAUUGAUUAGAGAACAGUUUGACCGGAGGAAGCUCUUCAGGGACCUGCGUUCAAGAAGCCGUUCGAAGGAAAAAAACUCGAGUGCUGGUUAAGAAGAAGAAGAAGAAGAAGAAGAAGAAAAGAAGAAGAAGAAGAAGAGAAAGAAGUGGAAGAAGAUGUUUCGAUUUAGUGACUAAUUCACUCCUGCUUGGAUUUAAGGGAUACGUUCAUAAAGAAGUUGGAAGAAGAGAGGAAAGGAGAGGAGAAACAAUUUUGGCCGUGUAAUCGAACUGAGAGAUAUUAGAAAGAUACUCGGAAUUGUUCUUUGUACUGUACAACAAAUAGGAAGAAACGAUUGUUAGUUGAUAGUGAUUGUCCUGUCUUGUGCAACGUCUUGAAUGAUCUGUUUUUAUAACGACAAACAAGUUUCACUGAUGUAAAGAAUUUCGUGGAUACGAGGUGAUAAUCGAUCGAUCGAACUUGAUCUCGAAGAGAUAGACAAAGUUUUACCAUAGUUUUCAUUUUUCGCUUUGUAUCUUUCAAAUUCUUCGUAGAAGUACUUCUAAAAAAAGAGUAUCAAGAUUCUUGGUCAGAGAUAAUCUAUAAACAAAGCGUAGCUUGUGUCCAUGAAAUAUAUCAUCAGACAAACCUGUAUUGAUGUAAAUGUCUUCAGUACGAAGCACAAGACUACGAGGAAAUAUAUCUUUAGCCAUACAAGGCGAUUCGUUAUUUUAUAUAUAUUUUUUCUUGUUUGUUUUCACUUGUGAACGAUUUAUAUCGAUGGUUGUUAGAUUAUAGAGUACCGUUGGCGUCGUAAUUAAAACGCCAUGGCUACAUGUAAAUCAAUCAAAAUUGAUUUAAGGAAUUCCCGCCCUGUCCCCCGUUAAAGAUUAAGUUAUAGAUUUAUAUAUAUAUGUUUUAUAUAUAUAUAUACAUAUAUACGUAUGACGUGUAAAUGUAUAUGGAAAACAAAUGCCACUCUAUCGUAUCGUCGGUUUUAAAGUUUAAAUUCUUGUUUAUACGUUUUUAAAUGAACCGAUGAUCGGUGUUUCGGUCGGUCGACGUGCACGAAACAAGCUUAUUUUAUACCAUGAGACUUGUACUUACGUAGAGCUAAAGACGUAACUUUGAACGUCGCCAUUACAAGAUAGACGGGUGCCAUCGAGCAUUUUAAUCUCUUUGUAGUUUUUACGCUCAUACAACGUUCAGCGAUAUUGUAAGUUCUGUCUGAUUCUUGACUAGGAUUCUCGAGCAGAGGCGAUAGUGUCAUAUCACAUUCGAAGGUCACUCUCCCUUUACAUUCCCAGCACGUCAGGUUGAUCCAAAGAGCUCAACCUCUUCCAUCAACUAUCCACUUUUUGUAUCUCGUGUGUUAUUUAUACCGAGCCAACCGAGAAUCCGAGUAAAACUGUGUAACACAUCGAUUAAGUGUCCCUUAGGUACUUUGCUAUUAUUCCAGAAUCCUUCUGAAUAUCCCAGGAUCCUUUGAUAUUAUACAAAGAGCAAGUAUUACUCUCACUGAAAUACGUAAUGUUUCUUCUUUUUUGUUUUUCUUUAUUUUUCGCCGAGAUCGAUCACGAAGAGAGAAAAGUAAAUGCACGUUUAGAAGAUUAGUAGGUACGUUAAAUAUCCGAUAGAGUCGUCACGUUAAACGUCAUUGCAACGAACAUUGCAAUAUUUAGGAUAGACUAAUACAGAUAAUUACGCUAUAUUGGUUAUCUGUAAUAAGUUUCUUAGGAAAACAUUCCUUCCUCGAACGUUAAGCAACUUUUUGAGAACAGCUCUUUGUUUUGAUGUAUAAAACUGAAAAAGAAAAGAACAUAUUAAUAAAAUAGCGAUAAAGAACUGUAAAAAAGAUUCUUAAAAUUCAUGUAACACGAAAUAUAUUACUUUUAACUUCAAUUCAAAAUUGUUUAUAUAUCUCGUUCUCAAAGGGUUCAAUUAUCACGUAAGCCCCAUGAAACCCAAGUUUAUCUUGAUUAUGGCAAAAAAAAAAGACAGAAUAUACGUAAUGAAUAUAAUCAUUGACUCUAAUCAGUGCAACGUCAUUGUCGUAGAUCUGAAACGAACGAAGAUAUAAAAGUUGUCAAUAGCCUGUGGUUAUAUAUCGUUCUUUUUUUUUUUUUUUNUUUUUUUGUUUUUUAACGUGAAACAACAUUAACGUGCCACUGGUGAAAGCGAACCGCUUAGUCGUCACUUACGUCGCGUGAUUUUUACUGUAAAAUCAAUCAGCUCACGCUGAUAAAUACACGUACACAUCUACACGCGCACAUAUACACCAUUCAUCAGCUAUUAGAGUAUCAGCAAUUAGUUCUCAUUUAGACUGGACUAGAAAGCAUCGUGAUCACGACACUCUUGUCUCUAUUUUUGUUCUUGCGUGAAAAGACACAAAAAUAAAGGAAGAGAUACUUAAUUCAUAUACACAGUCUAUACAUAUAUCACGAUACCGAUAUCAAAGCAAGGAUCAAAAUACGCUUGUAAAAUGCAUAUUAUUAUACGAGUACUAUAUUUUGUUACAUCUAUUACAAGACAGCAUAUAGUUAUUAUUAAUAUUAUUUGAUUCUAUUGACUAGAGCUACGUAAUACGUACAUUAUUAUGAUUAUUAUAAUUAUGAUUAUUAUUAUUUUUAUACAAGGGAUGCGUGUAUUCAUGGUGCGAGAAUGAGAGUAGAACAGAGUAGAUCGGAUCGAAAGAGGGAAGAGAGAAAAAUAAUACGAGAGCGAAAGUGACGAUGAGAAUGAAUGGAAGAGAUCAGUGUGCCUGAAGAAGAGCGAGGAGAGAGAGAGGAAGAGAAUCGUAUCAUAUGAUCUACGAUGAUUGUUAGUUGUUGCUCCAUGACAUUUUUAUUCGUAAUCGAUAUCUUCCUUAGCCCAUCCCCUACGCCCACAUCGAACCUCACACCAUAAAUUUAUUAUCCAUCCUGAUAAACCUCCGAUCGCCCAAAUAAUCACUUCCGUCAUUUAUGUACAGAUGAAUCUUGCGAGAGAUUCGUCGUGUGUGCGUCCGAACGAUUUCGUCGAUGUACGAUUUUUAUUGCUACCGUAUCAUCCCUUAUAAUCCCUUACGUUUUAUUAAUAUUAUUAAUUAAUGAUACAACAAGAAAGGCAGCCGUGUUACAAUCACGAGAAGACCUCAAUGAAGAUCGGUGAAUAAGCGUCGGAGUAGUGUAGUAAAAUUGUUUGUUGAAUCGGCAAUUCUUUCUUAGAAUCUUUUUUUUUUUUUCUUUUUUUUUUUGUCGUCCGUGUUAACAGUGCAUGGUGAUAUAAAAAAGCGAGCAUGUGAUCCUCUCGUGAUCGUUUCCCAGCCGUCUCGAUAUCGUAAUUAAACGACAUAAACGAUGAUGCGAAACGAAUCCACAGGCUUCGCCUUAUUUGUUAGAAAUGUACCCGGUGUAAGAGGAAGAAUGUUGAAAACCAGCCGAUUUCAGGCUGAACGCGCGCAGUAUACUGUUUUAGAGGAUCGUGAAGCCAGACAAAUUGCGGAACAGAUAAUGAUGCGAGAAUAUCGAAAUAUAAUACCGUUUUCGCGUUGUCUUGCCAUCGUGAGAUUGUGCCAGAGGUGAUAUUAUAUUACGCUGUUUAUUGCAAACAAUAAAUAUUAUAUUAGUACGUUUUAUAAA